CUCCUUCCGUCGGAGAGACACUGCGUUACCCCAGGUAUGAACCCUACUUUAAGCUAAUCGAGAUACUAAUAAUUAAUCAAUCCAUGAGUUCUCGAUUCAUUGCCGGGAAAGUUUGCGAAAUCAUAGAAAAUUGGAGUUCCGAAUCUCAGGGUUAUGCUUUCUUGAGCGUCAAGCAAAGUUCGAAUGAUUUCAGAAGUUACUAUCUUCUCAUUUUUGGAUUGCAUGAACCAUAACAUCAUCUGUGUUUUUCCUGAGAUUGUAAGCUCCAUUUGUGUUUUGCUGAAAGUUCUGAUUUUUCAUAAACCAUGGAUGUAAAGGCUAUGGCAAAGUCGAAGAGAGCCCAUUCUCAACACCACAAUAAGAAGCAUCAUCCAAGUAUAGCAUCAAAAGCUCCAUCAGCAGGUGCAGCAGGAGCUAACAGUUCAAAUAAGUCAUCUGGAAAGCAAGUUACAGAAAAACCCGAUAAGUCUCGGGGUUCUAGGGAACUUCCCUCAAAUUGGAGUCGCUAUGAGGAAGAGUAUGAUUCAGGUUCAGAAGGUUUAUCCCAUAAUGACAUGAGUCAAGCAGCUGACAUAGUGACACCAAAAAGUAAAGGGGCAGACUAUGGUCACCUGGUUUCCGAGGCUACGUCUCAGUCACAUGCAAUAGUUUCUUCGGAGAGCUUUCCUUCAUUUGAUGAUGUUCUCAGUGACUCCAAUCAGGGAUUUGGCUCUCUGCUGACUGUAAGGGGACAGAGCAUUCUAUCAUGGACUGGAGAUGAUAAUUUUAUUGUGGAGGAUAGAGCAACAGCCAGUCAUGGGGCGUCAUUUCUCUCCCUAAAUCUGAAUCUCCUUGCUGAACAACUUGCAAAAGUGGAUUUGCCUGAAAGGCUCUUCAUGGAACCAGACCUCUUACCACCAGAGCUGAGCACAAAGGAAUCAGAAACUAGCUUCAGUCAGGAAUCUGACCAAGUAAAAGCUGCAUCACGAGGUGAAAGCGUGAAGAAAAGUUCUGAUCAAUUAGCUUCCCAUAGUUACCAUGACACAACUAUGACGGAGGGUCAAAUUAGUGAGUUAAUGUCACCCAAUACUUCUUGGAUACGUCAUUCAGUUUCAACCUCAUCUGCUGAAGGAUUGAAGUCUACAAAUCAGGUUAAGAAUGAACCAAUUCAACCUGGCAAAACUCGUGGAAAUACAUUCCAGUACAAAGCACAAGUAAUUGGAGGUUCUGGAAAUUCAAAGAAAAAAUGCUCUGGGUUUGAGGGCAAGGCAGCAGAAGCAGAGCAGCCAGAGCUUGAUAUGCUUCUUGAGUCGCCCAAUGAAACAAAUUUCUAUGAUUCUUCGGUUGCUAAAAAGAAGUCUAGUGACAAGUCUUGGGUUCAACAAGAAGGAACUGCAUCAUGGAUUGAGGUAACUUCAUCUUUAGAACAGGCUCCAGAUCAGCCUUCGAGAAAAGAUACGGACUUUGAAAGUGCUUCAUUUACCACCAAUUUUGAUGAUGCCCUUGAUGACCUACUUAAGGAAACCUCAUCAGUUGCUACAAACUCUAGCAACUCAUUUUUGAUCCACAAAGAAGAAACUUCAUCGAGGAUAAAAGGAAUUUCAUCUUUGAAGCACGCCCCUCAGCCUUCAGGAAAAGAUUCAGGUUGCUUGAAACAAGCUUUAGAUGUGACCAACUGCGAUGAUUCCCUCGAUGACCUACUUAAGGAAACAUCCUCUGGUUUUCCUGUUGGAGAACAAGAAACUUCAACUUCAUUAUUUGGAGGAAGUAUGCUUGUUCAAUCAUCGUCGUUUGAUCAACCUUCGAGGAAAGAUCGAGAGGAGUCUAAAUCAGCCGCUGCCAUGGCCAACUUGGAUGGUGUCCUUGAUGACCUACUCGAGCAAACAUCCAAUCUGACGGAUGAAAAGACCACGGCACAUCCUGACGAGGUAACGGCUGCCCGUCUUAAUACUACGUCUUCCCCUUCCUCUGGCCCUGCUCCGAAGUCUAAAGUGUUAGAUGAUUUUGAUUCAUGGUUUAAUACUAUAAACGGUCCAUAAGAUAAAAAUCCUGGAUGUACCUAGAUGUUGUCUUUUAGAGCCCUUUCUUUUAAUGACUUUCCUUCUUGCCUUCGAACAUUUGGAACUUAACAGUGUUGAUUCUCAACGUGGGCUGUUUAAGGACCGUAAAACCGCCAUAGGAUGAUCGGUCGGUUAGUGACGAACCUGAUAUUUAGCAAUGGACAAAAGUGGGUUUUAAUCUUAUUAGGUGGGAUUGAUUAAUUAUGUAGACAUGAUGUGACUGAGAAAUGAAAUAGCAGCAAGGUGUCAGUUUUGAAGGCUCAGGGCUUGGAUCAAAUGGAUAAGGCAUAGUUAAUUCCCCUACCAUGAUGUGACUGGAAAAUCAAAUACCAGCAAACUGUCGGUUUUCGGGGCUGAUGGGGUGGUUCAAUGGAUAAGGCAUAGCUGGCAAGUGUGCAUCAUUACGAAGCUGUGAGAAUAGUAAUGUUUAUCAUCUAAACUGAGUGCAAAGUCAUAUUUGGGCAGCCUGUGAAUUUGGGCUAUUGCCAAUCUGAAAAAGACUAGAAUAAUCCUCGAUACAUGUAUAAACAUGUGGCGUGCCGUCAUGUUUAUCAGAGUUAUGAGUUAUAGAACCAGUCUUUUUCGGGUUUUUUUUUUUAAAAAAAAAUUAGAAUUAAAAUUGCGAUCGUCACCCAACUCGCAAACUAGCUCUCACAUAGGCUUCUAGAACAAAACACUGCAACUCUCUGGGGGUUUUAUUGCAUUUAUUUUAAUCAAAUGUACAAGUCCUAUAGGCUAUAGGCGUGAGGAAUUUUAAUGCUCAAGUUUCGUCACGGCUUUGAAUCAUUCAAACUAAUUUCUGA